AGAGGAGGAGGAAGGAAAGCGACCAUCACUCUGACGACGCCAUGCGCAGCGACUUCAUCGGCGGCGCGAUCGCCGUGGUGUCGGCGUUCCUGUCCAUCUUCGGCGUGAACCUGCAGAAGUACUCGCACGACAAGGAGGAGCUGCGCGCCGUGCAGCGCCCGUACCACCUGCGGCCGAUCUGGUGGGUCGGCAUGAUCUGCGUCGUGGGCGCGUCGCUCGGCGACUUUUUGGCGCUGGGCUUCGCGCCGCAGACGCUGGUGGCGUCGCUCGGCGGCGGCUCCACGAUCCUGGGCAACUGCCUCAUGUCGCACUUCUGGCUCAAGCAGAGCCUGUACCUGACUGACAUCAUGGGCGUCGCGCUCGUGUCGCUGGGCGUCGUGGUGCUCGCUGCCGCCAGCGAGGAGGACGAGGGCCACUACCAGAUGGACCAGAUCUACCAGCUCAUGGAGGCCGCGCCCUUCAUCCUCUACGCGCUCAUCACGACGGCCUUCACCAUGACGCUGUACAUGCGCGCGCGCCGCUCCAAGGCGCCGGCGCUGCGCGUGGCCAGCACGGACAAGGACGACGCGCGCGUGGACGACGUGCAGGAGAAGAAGCGCGAGAUCGCGGCCAAGAACAAGAAGGAGCAGGAGCAGAAGAACUCGGAGGCGUCCCCCGCGCUGGACGAGCCCAGCGGCAAGAAGGGCGCCAUGAUGUCGCCCUUCCCGUCCCCCAUUUUUGGCGACCACCUUUCGCUGUCCCCCAUGGGCAAGCGCCUGCCCGGCGAGGAGGACGACCACCUGGAGGAGAUCGAGCUGUCGAGCCUCAAGAUCGGCAAGUACGACGAGAGCGAGAUCGAGAAGCACACGCUCAUCAUUGACCCCAAGCUGCCGCUCUACUGGGCCGCCAUCUCGGGGACGAUCGGAGGCCAGUCGGUGCUGCUGGCCAAGUGCGUCGUGGAGCUUAUUUCGUCCACCGUCUCGGGCGACAACCAGUUCCAGUACUUCGGCACGUACGUGCUGUGCGCGGGCAUGGCGGGUACGCUGCUGACACAGACCCACACUUUGAACCUGGCCACCAUGAGCGGCGACACCAUGUCGUCGUACCCCGUGUUCCAGGGCUUCUGGAUCACCAUGAGCAACAUCAGCGGCGUGGUCUUCUUCCAGCAGGCGCACAACUUCACCCGCACGCAGUGGAUCAUGUUCCCCGUGGCCAUUCUCCUCGUGGCGCUGGGCAUCUACCUCGUGUCCAAGCACGAGAAGUUCGGCAAUUUUGUCAAGUACUCGAUCGCCAUGCCCAUCAGCCUCAGCAGCCCGCGCCAGCACGACAUCGUGGCGCAGUCGUUCGUGUUCCGCGUGUCGACGCCGCAGAAGCUGCAGGAGGACUACGCCAGCAGCACGGAGAGCAGCAGCCCCGACGAGCACUCGCGGCGGACGCUGGAAGUAGUAUAGGCUAGCUGAGACCCUUGUUGGGUCUGGUUGCCACACUUUAAUGAAACCCGGAAGAAAGGGGCUGAUGUUAGUUUACAAACUAGUUCACUCACUCAGUGAGCGCUGCAUUGCCAAAGCGAAGCUCUCGCCCGCCUGUCCGGUUGCAUGUAAAUAUACUGUUACGUGUCGUGAACCUCGUU